UCUCUCGCUCUCUCUCAGUUUCCUCUCAAAUUACUUCAAAUUCAGUGCAUAUGCAGGAUUUAGAUUUUAGAGUUUAGUAUUACAGAUUUUUAACAUUUUAUUAGAUAAGAUUGGAGGAUCCUCUACUGGAGUGUUUGCUUCCAAGGUAAUUUCUUGUUUAUUUUUGUGUGCUGUAUUGUUACGAUUUUCUAAAAUUCUAGGUCCUGUGUGUUUUCCUUUCCAUAGAUCACUCAAGCAAAGGAUGGGAAACCAGUCACUAUUGAGCUUAUCGAUGCCAAGACAAAAGAACCGAAAGAUACCUCAGAGGUAGAUGCGGCAUUUAUCACAACGGGGUUUUGUUCUAGUAGAUGAGCGUAUGCAAGUUAUUGACGCAAAUGGAAACCUGGUUUGUUAUCUAUAGAUUCCGUCAUGAACACAAUUUUCUGUAUGGUUUUGCAACUGGUUCUUGAAACAAUACUUCUACCAUUUGGUUCCUCACUUGUAUUGUAUUGAUGAUGCAAAUGAGAAAAUGAUUCUUGCUUAUGCUGCCAGUGCACAAGGGAUUUCUGUUGUUGAACAAGUCAGUGGAAAAGAUCAUGUGCUCAACCAUUUGAGCAUUCCAGCAGCUUGUUUCACUCACCUAGAAAUUAGUAAUGGUGCUGCUGGUGUUUGGGGGUCAAUCGUGCAAUCUUUUGAGAAAGAUCAUAUUUACCUUGGUGAGGCUGCUCAGCUAGUGGUCCACAAUGUUAAUUAUGAAAUACCAUAUUAGAAAAAUCAGGUCCAAAGGACUCAACAGCAACUGGCUGAACUAGAGCGCAAGGAAGCUGAUAUUAAAAGAAAUGCAGCUCUUGCAGCAGCUAAUUUGCAGAGGCUUGUCAAGAGCCAGGAUUGCAGGUAUGAUCCUGCAUCGCAUGCCACUCUACUGAUGAUGUAUAUUCCUUCAAGAACGAACAAAUUAAGUGUCAACUUUUGCUUUGCGGGGAAUAAAUGUGAGGUCAGAACUGUUAGAAACUGCAAAGUAGCCAUACAACACAAAUCAGAUUUUAGUUACCUAUUCUAGUUACCUUAGGAGAGAUUUUGAGCACACCAGUUAUGCUCAUAGCUUGCAUUUUGUGAUUAGGAAGAUCAAAGUAGCCAUACAACACAAAUCAGAUUUUAUACUUAAAGAGAUCAACAUAAUUGUACCAUAAUUUAACUCAGAAACAUCCUUCUUGUCCUAGUUGAGAAUUCAAAUGUUUUAUUGUCACAACAUCUUUUGUUGUCGAGGAAGAUACUCUGCAACAGCAAGUCCUGAGGUAAAAGAGAUUGAAAACUUGGAAAUGGGCUUAGCUGCAAAUAGGGAAAACAAAAAGUUGAUUCCUCAGACUGGUAAGAGGUUCCAUCAAUAUGUCAUUAAUAUUUGUUCAAGUUCUUUGCAGCAACAAAUUCUUUUUUUUUUUUCCCCCCUUCUUCUAAAUAAUUCAAUUCUAUGUUCUCCAUCAGAUCCGGUAGAAAAUACAUACAAGUCAGAACCACUUACUGAUAUAGUUAAAUCCGAACAUGGAAAAAGGAAAAUCCCAUCAGCUUCAUCAGCGCUCUUUAUUGGCAGCAUCCUUGGACUCGUCCAAACCAUUUUUUUAAUUUUAGCAGCAAAACCACUGUUAAAUUUUAUGGCAGUCAAAUCUGACUCACCUAUGCUACAACCUGCACAACAAUACUUGACAUUAAGGUCUCUAGGUGCUCCAGCUGUCCUCCUUUCAUUGGCCAUGCAAGGAGUCUUUCGUGGAUUUAAGGACACAAAAACUCCUUUAUAUGCCACUGUGGCUGGAGAUGCGAUGAAUAUAAUUCUGGACCCAAUAUUUAUAUUUGUUUUCCAUCUAGGUAUCAGUGGUGCAGCCGUUGCUCAUGUUAUAUCUCAGUACCUAAUUUCAAUUAUACUUUUAUGGAGAUUAUGGAAACAAGUCGAUCUUUUACCUCCUAGUUUCAAACAUAUGCAAUUCAGUCGAUUUCUUAAAAAUGGUUUUCUAUUACUAAUGAGGGUCAUAGCUGUGACGUUCUGCGUGACCCUAGCGGCCUCAAGGCCUGCACGUCAGGGAGCGACAUCAAUGGCCGCCUUUCAAGUGUGUUUGCAAGUUUGGCUAGCCACAUCUCUUCUUGCUGAUGGAUUGGCCGUUGCGGGUCAAGUAAGAAGUGAUCUUAAGUUUGUGGAUGAAAAAGCUUAAGAAUAUAGAAACCUAUCACAAGAUAGGGCACAACCCACUCACAUGAGGUGGAACGGCCUCGCACCAAUGUGAGAGGGUUGUGUCCAUUCUGUGACUGGUUUAUGUGUAAAUAGAACAAAUGUUUAACAUUGGGAGAUGUGUCCUAAAAUUGUCCCAAUCGAGAUCAUUUGACUCAAUUUCAAAGUAGAACAGUACUGCUUAUAUUUUAUUUUUUUUAUUAUUAUCAUUUUUUUUUUUUUUGGUCUCAAGCCAUUUCUUUGAAUCUACUUGUCUAAAAAGCUUGUGUAUAGUUCCCCUUUUUUUAGGCUAUACUUGCAAGUGCAUUUGCUAAAAAAUACUGAACAAGCCAGAGCAACCACAUCCCGAGUAUUGCAGAUCUAAAGAAGAAUGCUGAUGAGCAAGAAAGUCUGGUGUUUCCUACUUUAGCUCGUGACCUGGUAGUCCGAGGAGUAAUAUUACUAUCAGUUGUUAUGACUUUUUUUAAUUUUUUAAUCUUUUUUUGUUGCUUCUUGUAUUUGAAAUAGAUAGUUUAUUUGCAUUGAUGACUUAUUCUUAACAUUUUACAGCUAUUAAUUUUGGAAUUAUUAAUCACUUUAAAUUGUGUAA